CGCAUGCGCAGUACUCCUACCCGGCUUUCGGUUUCACCAUGGCGGACAGAUUCGAGAUGGAGCAGGCGGUGGCACUGCAGGGAGAGAAAGUGAGGAAGCUGAAGCAAGAGAAAGCCAGCUCGGAGCAGAUUGCUGAAGAAGUUGCAAAGCUACUGGAAUUGAAAGCACGGUUGGGACCAGAAGAUGGAAAGCAAAAGUUUGUUCUUAAAACGCCUAAGGGCACCAGGGAUUAUAAUCCAAAACAAAUGGCCAUCCGAGAGAAGGUAUUUGAUACCAUCAUUAAGUGUUUUAAGCGGCAUGGUGCUGAGACCAUAGACACCCCUGUGUUUGAGUUAAAGGAAACACUGACCGGCAAAUAUGGGGAAGACUCUAAGCUUAUUUAUGACCUGAAAGAUCAAGGUGGAGAAUUACUGUCUUUGCGCUAUGAUCUCACUGUACCAUUUGCCCGUUACUUGGCCAUGAAUAAAAUUACCAAUAUCAAGCGUUAUCACAUUGCAAAGGUUUACCGAAGAGACAACCCAGCAAUGACCAGAGGGCGCUACCGAGAGUUCUACCAAUGUGAUUUUGACAUUGCUGGACAGUAUGAUCCCAUGAUUCCUGAUGCCGAGUGUCUGAAGAUUGUGCAUGAAAUUCUGAGUGAACUGGAACUGGGAGAGUUUACUAUUAAGGUGAAUGACAGGAGGAUUUUGGACGGCAUGUUUGCAGUGUGUGGUGUGCCAGACUGCAAAUUCAGAACAAUUUGCUCUUCAGUGGACAAACUAGAUAAGACUCCAUGGGAGGACGUGAAGAAUGAAAUGGUGGGAGAGAAGGGACUGGCACCUGAAGCUGCUGACUUAAUCGGAGAGUAUGUUCAGAACCAUGGUACAUUAGAGCUGAUUGAGCAACUACUGAAGGAUCCCAAACUUUCACAGAAUAAGCAAGCAUUGGAAGGACUUAAUGACAUGAAGCUCCUUUUCCAGUAUUUGGAACUUUUUGGUGUGAAAGAUAAGAUUUCAUUCGACUUGAGCCUGGCACGUGGUUUGGACUAUUACACUGGUAUUAUAUAUGAAGCUGUCCUAAUACAGAAUCAAGGCGCACCUCAGCAACAGAAUGACCAUGCAGAGGAAUCUGUCAGUGUUGGCAGUGUGUCUGGGGGAGGACGUUAUGAUGGUCUUGUAGGAAUGUUUGAUCCAAAGGGCAGGAAGGUACCCUGUGUGGGUGUCAGUAUUGGAAUUGAGAGAAUAUUUUCGAUCAUGGAACAAAAAGCAGAGGCAUCAGAAGCUAAGAUUCGAACCACAGGAACCCAAGUACUCGUGGCAGCUGCACAGAAGAAACUGCUGGAAGAAAGGAUGAAGCUUAUAUCAGAACUUUGGAAUGCUGAAAUCAAGGCAGAAAUGCUGUACAAGAAGAACCCAAAGCUACUCAACCAGCUGCAGUACUGUGAAGAAACAGGCAUUCCACUGGUGGCAAUUAUUGGGGAGCAGGAACUGAAAGAUGGAGUUGUGAAGCUGAGGGUUGUUGAUACCAGGGAGGAGAUUGAUGUUGCCAGACAAAACUUGGUGGAAGAAAUCCAGAAGAGAACCAAAAAUCCAUAGGAGCAUACCUUGCACAUUGAGAGCAGAAGAUGCAGGAAAACACAGCUUCAAAACCUGGCUCUUCCAACAUAGCCUCACUACUCAUACAGAUAUUUAAUUAUACUUGACUAUUUUUUUUUCUAUUGAGAUCAUCUGAUUGCCAUCCAUUAAAUGUUAAUUGUCUAAACUGGUCAAAUCCAGACUUUCCGUUUAAUGUCUAUUUUGAUACUAUACAUCUUUAAAGAUUUUUUCUUCCUGAAUAAUUCAUUUUCCCCGUUAAAUCCUCAAAUUCAUAGCUUGAGAGUAUUAAUCCCUUUUAGCAAUGUUGGGAGACGUAUCACUAAGCUGUUUUUAUUUAUAUCAAAUAUUUGUUCAAGCCCCCACCAUAUAUGCCUUCUGAAUAUUGUCUGUAUCCCUUUACUGCUAAACAGAAAUUAAGGAA